AUGUCAUCCGCUGAGACCCCCCACAUGGAGACCGUCUCUCCUCUUCCUUCCUGCAUGGAUCUACUUGUUCAGGGCAGCCCCGAUUCUUCCACCAGCCCCAGAGUAAAAGUGCUGCCCACUUCUGCAGAGGAGAUCACCGCGAAGAAGGACAAUCCAGCUCAGGGCAAGAAACAGAAGAUCAGAACCGUCUUCUCUCAGACCCAGCUAUAUGUACUCAAUGAUAGAUUUCAGAGACAGAAAUACCUCAGUCUCCAGCAGAUGCAAGAACUUUCCAACAUUCUGAACCUUAGCUAUAAGCAGGUUAAGACCUGGUUCCAGAACCAGAGAAUGAAAUGUAAGAGGUGGCAAAAAAACAACUGGCCAAAGAAUAACAACACUGUGUCUCAGGGAUACCUGAUGAACACUUCCGGAAACCUUCCAAUAUGGGGCAACCAGACCUGGAACAGCCAGUCGUGGGGCAACCAGACCUGGAACAGCCAGUCGUGGAGCAACCAGACCUGGAACAGUCAGUCGUGGAGCAACCAGACCUGGAACAGUCAGACCUGGUGCCCCCAAGCCUGGAAUGGCCAGGGCUGGAACAGUCAGCUGCACGACUGUGGAGAGGAAUCCCUGCAGCCCCAGAUACAGUUACAGCAAAAUUCUGUCAGCGAUUUGCAGUCCAUCUUAGAAACGACUGGGGAAAGCCACAGUGUAAUAUAG